GUUGGUACUUACUGCUACUCUGGAAUCUUUGAAUUCCUUGAAUUUAUAAAACUGACCUUCAAUCGGAAAACUAUCAAUGUCUACUGUCAGGAUGAAAAAAUCCGGGGUUAUGGGAUUCUUCAGGUAUUUCUCAUCAGUAACAAUUUCAAAUGGUAAAACGUUGAAACUUGGGAAGGCCCAUGAGAUUGGUAAUGGCGGGAAUGAUGGUGGUCAACUCAAAGCUCGGAUUCUGAAGGUUGUAAACCCACGGCGGAGUGCGCAGGCUGUGCUCCAGAAAUGGGUUGACGGAGGCGGCGGAUGGGUCUCAAUUUCAGAGCUCCGGAGCAUUUCCAAGAUGUUGCUCAACCGACGACGAUUUAAGCAUGCUCUAGAGAUAUUGACGUGGAUGGAGGCUAAUGAUAGAUAUAAAAUAUCAUCUGCUGACCACGCAAUGAGGUUGGAAUUAACAAUCAAAGUGCAUAGCUUAAGGGAAGCUGAGGAGUAUUUUGAAGGCUUGCCUAAUUCUGUAGCACGGAAAGCUGCAUGUCUUCCUCUUCUUUAUUUUUAUGUUAAAGAAAGGUCCAUUGAAAAAGCUGAGGCUUUGAUGCUGAAGAUGAACAGGUGGGGUUUCCUUGUGAACCCUCACCCAUUUAAUGCAAUGAUGAAGCUUUAUAUUGCAACAUCCCAACCCAAGAAAGUGCUCUCCGUCAUACAACAGAUGAAAGAAAACCAAAUAUCACGGAAUGUCCUCUCCUACAACCUCUGGAUGAAUGCAUCUGCAGAGCUGUCUGGAGUUGGAUCGUCUGAAAUGAUAUACAAAGAAAUGCUUCGUGAUGAAAGUGUGGUGGUAGGAUGGAGCUCCUUGUGUACUUUGGCAAACAUUUAUCAAAAGUAUGGACUAGUUGAAAAAGUUUUUUGGGCACUGAGAGAGGCAGAAAAGAAAUUAUCCACAUGUAACCGCCUUGGUUAUCUUUUUCUGCUCACUAUGUAUGCCUCUUUGAAUGAUGCGGAUGAAGUUCUUAGGCUUUGGAAAUUAUGCAAACAAGUUCCAGGCAGAAUUACAUGUGCCAACUACAUGUGUAUCUUGUCUUGUAUGGUGAAACUUGGAGAUAUUAAAGAAGCUGAGCAUCUGUUUUUGGAGUGGGAAUCCCAGUGUAGGACAUAUGAUAUUAGGGUAUCCAACAUUCUUCUUGGUGCAUAUAUGAGGAAUGGGCUGACAAAGAAGGCUGAAUCUUUACAUGUACGCUCGUUGAGCAAAGGCGGUCAUCCAAAUUACAAGACUUGGGAGAUACUCAUGGAGGGGUGGGUAAGAAACCAUGACAUGGAUAAAGCUGUUGAUGCAAUGCGGAAUGCCUUUUCAGUGAUAGAUAAUUGUGAAGUGGAGACCAUCGGCUAGUAUGGUGGUGGCAAUUGCGGAACAUUUUGAGAAGGAGGGAAAGAUUGAUGAAGCAAAGCAGUAUCUUAGGGUCAUCAGACCUCUUGGUCUAGCAAUUUAAGCCGUUUAUGAAUCACUGCUAAGAGUGUAUUCACGUUUUCAGAGACCCAUUGAAGACGUUGAACUAAUGCGGCAGGAUGGAUUUGAGAUUCAUCAAAGUACUUCACCCUUGUCGAAGAAUCUUGUGCAUGAUCUACAGUGGCAGGUCCUGGAAUCAUACACAGAGAGAUCUGUGUUCCCAAUUUCUUCUUCUUGUUGUUUACAAGCUUGGAGAACUCAUCGAAGCACCAUUUUUCGUUUUCGGUUUUGUUGUGUUGAGAUUGGAGGUUGUUGGGAUGUGGAAGUCAACACGAUGGAGUUAUCCAGGAAAUUUUAAGUCUCUUAUGGAAGAAAAUAACUUGUUUUAUAGCUCUGCAUAUACAGUAGAAUUUCUAUACAUUAAUAGUGUUGAGACAACCAGAACGCGUAUAUUGCUCGGUUCGGUCCGAUUUUGGUUUUUUUUAGUUUACCUCUGAGUCACUUAUCUCUUUCUCUCUCUACUUUGGACAAAUUGACAUGGAC